CCGGAAGCGGCGGGUGAGCCGAGUGUCCUUGCGCGCAGAGCGCGGAGUUGAGCUGCAAUGGUGGUCCGGGCGUGGCCGGUGAUGAGGUUUCUCAUCAAGGGCAGCGUGACAGGGGGCGCUGUCUACCUGGUGUACGACCAGCAGCUGCUGGGCCCCAGCCACAAGAGCCAGGCUGCCCUUCAAAAAGUCGAGGAGGUGGUCCCCCCAGCCAUGUACCAGUUCAGCCAGUACGUGAGCCAGCAAACAGGGCUACGGAUGCCGCAGCUACCGUCCCCUCCGAAGUUGAACUUUUCCUUCCGUGACUCCUGGAAUUCAGGUGUCCUCAGGAUGAUGUCAGCGCUGUCGGCGGCCCCCUCCAAGGCCUGCGACUACUCCAGGGAGGGCUGGAACUACCUCAAGGAACGCGCCAAAGAGCAUUCCAAGUAGCAGGUUGGAUGUAGACACCUGUCCUGGCUAGGCCUUGGGGACAGGGACACCAGGGACAGGAAGACUCCAGGCUGGGACAUCCUCCCACCCCACCCCCGCCAAGUGCAGCUCAAGCCCUGGAGGGCCUAAUAAAGGACUUUGGAAAGCCUGUUA